AUGGAUACUGCCUCGAGGAAUAUCCGCCGUAAGGCAUUACAGAGAAUUGCUGCGCUGUCCGCGACGUCAUCCACCGCGACCUUCGACAAUUCAGAUCUUGAGCGACUCUCCAGAGGCUGCCCAGGAAAACCUACUGCUAAGUCCAAUGGGACUGGAAAGGGGAGUUAUGGAUCACUGGCACAGUCACCUAUGAACAUAAGAGAGUUCGAUGUCUUGCUGGCUCUUUGCAAAGCAGCUCCUCUGUUGGAAACGCCUCAGAGUGCGAGAAAACUGGCAGAACAGCUCUCUCCUUACAUCCUCGAAGCGCAUACGCAAGCCUUUGUCCCGUCCCCUUUCUUCCGAGAAAUUGAACCGUCUCCUACUGAAGCUUUAAGUUACAACCUUACGACGGCUCUUCUUUCUCUCGGUAUAAACCACGAGUUCCUCCAGGAGGCAGUUGCCGAAAGACUCUGGAACUACCUACGGCAUUGCCUAGAUGCUGCUGAGUCUGCAUCUUCUCACCAUGUCGCGGGCGACUCUGCUGAGGUUGAGGAUGCUAUUCAUGUUGCCGGCCUGACGCUCUCCAUAUUAGGAUUUCUUGAUGCAGCUGCCACUUAUGCAAAUUUUUGGACACCUUCGGAGAGACUCGCUCUGAUAGAGCGGGUACAAUGUGUCCUGUCCGAAGGCUUCUUAGUUGCUGUUGAGACAGCAUUUUCAACCAUUCGCAAUUCAAAUUCCCAACAUAGCAAUGUCAAAGAAUGGAAACGACAUGCUCGACAUUAUGCGGCUAUUGGAAGACCUCUUGGAGCUAUGCUCCUGCAACGAAGUUUCAUGUGGCUCUUGGUCGCGGGUACUUCGCUGCUAGUUGCUGAUAUCGACGUUCUUAGAGGAAGUGAUAUCUUGGAUCUACUAAUGUCAGGUACUGGAAUUUCCAGACCUGAUUCUCCAGGGGCUGGCGAACCGGAUUUUGCAACUAUUGAGACCAUGGCGGAUAUCGCUGCUGACGAGAUGAGCCUUCUAGAGGAUGGAGCGGAUUACCUACGACUUGGGUCAACAUGGCAACAGAGGCUAGCAUUUUCUGUUAAGUCUGGGGCUCUGACCAGCUAUCUUAACUGCGCUUUGAUCAACGAAGAUGCUGCAGAUGCUGAUACCUUGAUGACUUGGCUAGAGGAUACCCUUGCAGACCCAAUUCAAAUGGCCGAUGAGACCCUUGCUAGUGUGGUUCUUCGGUCUAUGGCCCUCAUCUCCAAACUUUCCCCCGGAUUCGCUCCCAAUGUCAGUCGUCUCUUACCACGGUUCAUCGUUCAAGGUGGUGCUCGAGGUCAGACUAUUGCUGUUGCUUCAUCGUGCCUGGCGUAUGUGCUGCAGAUACUGUCGCAAGACGCUGUCAUCACAACCCUCUAUACUCUUGGAAAUGUUCUCAGCUCUGGAGCAAGCAAUGAGAGAGCGCUUGCUGGUGGUAUUAACGGCGAUUUGAGCCUUGAUGGUAGUGUAAAUUCCACCUUUUACAACGGAAAGCAAUCUACGGGUAGUUCUAUAUCGUUAGUGAUAACGGGCGAUGAAGAUACAUCGGCGGUGUAUGGAAACGUUGUGCAAGCGAUAUGCGGUGUGGCUGAUUGCUGCAAUGAUCCCAAGAUCACUGCCUUGGCCCAGUCUAUGCUUUUGCAAAAGAUUGACAAGGUUAGCAAAUCCGUCGACGCCAAGAUCAUCACGGAAACCACAGCAUUGGCAUUAAACGGAGGUCAACUGGAAUUCCGCUCAAUGCUCAAGCUCUAUGCCAGAAUAAGCCACGAGGGAGUGAUGCAGAAUAACGAGGCUUUGGUAAAUGCUGUCACGAGAGGCCGAGACUACCUUUCAAGCAGCCUAAAGAAGGAGUCUCCGCUUUAUGAAAUCUAUCUAGAACAUCUAUUGGAGUCAAUAAUCAGCCUAGGAGAUGUCCACCAGGCUCAAAACUCCCGCGAGGCCGAUGUCGAAGCUGCAGCACGCGAGAUUGCUCAACUACUCCAGCCGCUUGCCUUGUUAAUGUCCAGUAAUGAUCUAGCAACGGAUGAGACUCUAAGCGAGGAGAUGCUGUCACUUAUUCGAGACGCUUGGUUCAAUAUUGUUGUACAUGGUUUCAGUACCAACACAGAACGCGGCAAGAAGUAUAUCAACGAAUUGCGACUUAUCGCCAUCCAUUCCCAGCCUCUCGUGGCAGAGCAGAGAGGCGAACAAGUUGAGAGUGAUAUCGAACUAAAUACUGUUCUUCGCCGUGGCAUGAGCUCUGAUCAUGAAGCAAUGCAGAAAAAGCGACUCACUGCUCUCCUCCCGAUGAAAGCGUCGGAUAUCAAAGGACUCAGCUACCGAAAAGUCAUAUUUCUUCAGGCGGCGUAUCUGGUCGAGACCUUGCGAGCCGAUUCUGGAGACUGCACGAAGGCUUUGACGUAUUUCUUGGAGCCUAGCAUGCGGAAAGGUGAGAUGAGCAGUACGAUGGAAUCCAUUACUUCUGCUGUGAUGGACACAUAUUUGAAGAAGACCAUGACAGGCCACAACCCGACUUUCUCAGCCCCUUAUGUUGCGAAGCAAUUGGCGUCAAUCUUCACUGGUUGCUGCUAUCGCAUCGAACGAGUCCAACAAGCAGCAAUGAUUUGUGCAGAUCGGAUUAUUCGAGAUGUUCCAUCUGCUCUCUGCCACAAGUCAUCUUUGUUCGCACUGCUUGAGCUCCUGUCACUCAUGUGGACUAGCUGUCUGGAAGCAGAAACAGAUGAGUACGAGUGGAAGUCAUCAUUCGUGUCUACUAGAGGCAAGGUAACGAUUGAAUUAUCUGAUGAUUUCGACCUUCGCCGCCGGACGUUGAAUAGCUUGUACAAGAAAGCUCGCGGUUGGGUUAGCACAGUGAUCAAUAUCGCCCCUCAGGACGUCAAAGGCCUUUUGCAGACUUAUCUCUCUGAGUACGAUGACGAGGGUGCUUAUGGCCAUGUAUCCCUUGGUAGAUCAUUUGCUGCAGAAAUGGGAGGACUUAUACCGGGUUCAGACCAACGUCUUGGUGCGAUAGAUCGACAUGGUGACUGCAAUAUCAACACCGCCUCGGAUUUCAUAGCCCAGUACACUACUCGACAAGAAUAUCGGUAUGCGGAAGCACUUCCUGAUCAUGAUGCGGAAUGGCUACAGUUCAUGCACCUCGACACUAGACGUGAAUCAGUGGCUUCCAAAACAGACAAGGAUUUCGAAGAUGCAAGCACUGUUCUUGCUCACUUGGAAGCUCGCACCCUCCAACAUAAGUUUAUUCCUGUCGGUGAGCUUCGUGACAUCCUCAGAAGAGCUGCUGCAUUACUUUGCAGGACAAAAAAGGACGAGUGCGCGAUCGUACAUCACUUGGUCGGAAUUCCAUUUGCCAUAUUCACUAAGCAGUCCAUCAAACUUGGCAUUUCGCUAUGGCUAGGUGUAAUCAAUGAGAAUCCGCGUAUGGAACCGCGGAUUCUCAUGGAGAUUGCCCAGCAGUGGGAAUCGACUGUCCACAAAGGUCUGGGAAUUUUCAAUUCCAGAUUUCUACAUCCCGAUCCCUUCUACAUUAAGGAAGAAUUUGCCCCUAGUGACAGGCCGACGUUGUUGAAGAAGCAGCAGGUUGCUCAUAAUUUACUUGCGCCUCACAUGCGCCUUCUACAGUUCCUCGGCAGUCACUUCAAUGCUACCCGUCUAGGUAGCCCUAAUACUGAAAAGGUCUUCUUGAGACUUCUGGAUGUUACACUCGAGGGUCUCAAACAUGCCACUGGCCACCCUCUCGCACGUGAGAUUCGAUUCCAGAUUAUCUUGUUUGCCUUGAAGGUGUUGAGACACAGCAUUGCUCUGGGAUUCCGUGAAAGAUGCUUAUUGAAGGAUCGUAUCCUGUCAGCAGCUCUGACCUGGUUUACUUUCGCUCCAUGCUGGUCUUUCGGAGGCAACAGGUUGCAACUGAAAGCUGAAACUCGUCUGCUCGCAGAUGUCAUUGUGGCAUUGCGAAAUGUGCAGAUGAUUGGGGAAAAAGCGACACCUUUGAUGAAGUCGCUGCAGGCAAAGGAGAGUCUACUUCAGAUUUUGAUCGAAAGCGAGUUGCUCAGACUCACCGUGUGGCUACAUCCUUUGAAUGAGAUGCGAGAGGCCCAUGUUCCAGCACCGCCUGGAAAAGGUCCAACGGAGGCUACUCUUACAGGUCUUGUAAGAACUGCGUGGGCUGAAAGCGCGUCUCUGGCUCUUCAGCUGGUAGCUAGAUUCCCUUCCGCGAGACUGCACAAGGAAGUUCGAUGGCUCCUGCUCAACUUCCCUGAUAAAGCUAUCUCGGAACCGGAGGCAGUGCAAAUCUUGUUGGGAGAGACACUGCCUAGUGAUGUUUCCUUCCAGCUUAAGCACCUCCUGUACUGGUCACCAGUAAACCCAAUCAGCGCAACGGCCUACUUCUUGCCUGCAUACCGAAACCAUCCAUUCGUUCUGCAGUAUGCAAUGAGAGCUUUGGAAAGUCACUCAGUGGACGUGACGUUCUUUUACGUCCCACAGAUUGUGCAAGCUCUUCGCUACGAUGCUCUUGGUUAUGUUGAGAGAUACAUCCUUGAGACAGCCAAGUUCUCCCAGCUUUUUGCUCACCAGAUCAUUUGGAACAUGCAGGCAAAUGCCUUCAAGGACGAGGACUCGACAGUUCCCGAUGCUGUAAAGCCAACUCUUGACAAGGUCAUGACUCGCAUGGUAGAUGGCUUCUCCGGAGUCGAUAAGGUCUUUUACGAACGAGAAUUUACAUUUUUCGACGAAGUUACUAGCAUCUCAGGCAAGCUCAAGCCAUUCAUUAAGCGACCAAAGCCAGAGAAGAAGCAGAAAAUUGAGGAAGAGUUGCGGAAGAUCAAGGUCGAAGUUGGGGUAUACUUGCCAAGUAACCCGGACGGAGUUGUGAUUGGCAUCGACCGAAAGUCUGGAAAGCCUCUUCAGAGCCAUGCUAAAGCUCCUUACAUGGCGACGUUUCGGAUCAAGAAGAACAAGGGAGAUAUGGAAGGCACCGAUGACCUUCUAGAAGAAUCCAACAAGACAGCAUCAGUCCCAACGGACAACACUAUCGAGGUCUGGCAAUCUGCUAUUUUUAAGGUUGGAGACGACUGUCGGCAGGAUGUCCUUGCUCUUCAAAUGAUUGCAGCAUUCCGAGGAAUUUUCCAUGAUGUUGGCCUUGAUGUUUAUGUAUUUCCGUAUCGGGUCACUGCCACUGCUCCGGGCUGUGGUGUCAUUGAUGUCUUGCCAAAUUCCAUCUCUCGUGAUAUGGUUGGACGAGAAGCUGUGAACGGGCUCUAUGAUUAUUUCGUCUCAAAGUACGGCAACGAGGAUUCACUGCGCUUCCAAGAGGCACGAAGUAACUUUGUCAAGAGCAUGGCUGCUUACUCACUUAUCUCAUUUUUGCUUCAAUUCAAGGACCGUCACAAUGGCAACAUCAUGAUUGACGAUGCUGGACACAUCCUCCACAUAGAUUUCGGCUUCUGCUUCGACAUUGCACCCGGUGGAGUCAAGUUCGAGAGAGCUCCUUUCAAGCUCACUUCGGAAAUGAUGGCAGUGAUGGGUGGGCGUACAGAUCAUCAAGCCUUUAAAUGGUUUGAGGAGCUGACUGUCAAGGCCUUCCUUGCAUCACGACCAUACGCGGAGAAGCUAUCACAGCUUGUGCUAUUGAUGAUGGACUCUGGUCUGCCAUGUUUCAAGCCAGAGACCAUUCAGAAUUUUAAGGAUCGCUUCGUGUUGGAAAAGAGUGAGAGGGAGGCGGCUGAUUUCAUGAAAGGAUUGAUCAAGAAGAGUUAUUCUAGUUACUCUACUGGAGUUUACGAUCAGUUCCAACUUAUGACCAACGGAAUUCCAUAUUAA